CGUUGGGUUUAGACCUGUCAGCGCUCAGUGUCUCGCAUUGCUCUGGGUAAACCGGGACUACGGCGCAACAUGUAUCCAGCGCAGCGCGGGCGAACGCCUGCUGUGGGCGCAGAGACGCGUCGGAGCAUCAUGUCUAGGCGUGCGUUGUCUCUGAAGUGGGGUGCCGUUUGGAUUCUGCUGUUUUCUUUCAUCAAUAACACUUGGGCGCAAGAUGACGUUCCACCUUACUUCAAGAUGGAGCCGGUGGCAACCCAAGUCCACCUGGAAGGGAAUCGGUUGGUUCUCACCUGUAUGGCUGAGGGCAGUUGGCCCCUGGAGUUCAAAUGGCUUUACAAUGGUACCGAGCUGACGCGUUUCUCCCUGGAGUACAGGUACGUAAUUCCAUCGCUGGACCGGUCCCACGCGGGCUUCUACAGAUGCAUCGUCAGGAACCGGGUUGGAGCUCUUAUGCAGAGGAGUACACAAGUCCAGGUUGCCUACAUGGAAGGCUUUGUGGAGGCUGAACGGUCUCAGGUGGUGUCCCAAGGGGAGGCGGCGUUAAUCUUCCCCCCACAAAUCCACAGCUUCCCCCGGCCCGGUAUCACAUGGUUCAGAGACGGACGCAAGAUUCCCCCCAGCAGCCGCAUAGCCCUCACUCUGGACAACACUCUGGUUAUUCUCUCCGCCGUGGCCCCCGAUGCGGGCCGUUACUAUGCCCAGGCCGUCAAUGACAAGAACGGAGAGAACAAGACCAGCCAGCCUGUCAUCCUCAAUGUAGAAAAUGUUGGUGGUCCAGCAGACCCCAUUGCUCCCGCUAUUAUUAUCCCACCGAGGAAUACCAGUGUGAUGGUGGGCACGUUUGAGGUCACACUGGAGUGUGUGGCCAAUGCAAGGCCUCUCAUUAAACUCAGCAUUACAUGGUGGAAAAAUGGAGCGCCCGUUAACCGAGGCCUCAGGGACUUCGGCCGCCGUCUGACUAUCAGUGGUCCAUUGGUCAGUGAUAGCGGUUACUAUGAAUGUGAAGCCUCCCUCCGGAGCAGCAGUGCCCCCUCUGUCAGAGCUGGAGCAUAUCUGCACGUGCUGGAACAUCCACAGUUUGUGAAGGAGCCCGACAGACACAUUACUGCUGAGAUGGAGAAGGUGGUAGACAUCCCAUGCCAAGCACGUGGUGUUCCUCAGCCUGAUAUAGUGUGGUAUAAGGAUGCAGUUCACAUAAGCCCUGUGAAGACACCUCGUUACCGAGUCCUAGUGGGCGGCAGCCUGCAGAUAAAUGGACUUCUCCCGGACGACACCGGAAUGUUCCAAUGUUUCGCUCGCAACUUAGCGGGAGAGAUCCAGACAAACACGUACCUUGCUGUGACCAGUAUCGCCCCAAACAUCACAGCCGGCCCAUCUGACAGCGCUGUGAUUGAUGGCAUGUCCAUCCUUUUACAUUGUGAGACCUCCGGGGCCCCGCGCCCUGCAAUCACAUGGCAGAAAGCUGAGCGGGUUCUGGCCAGCGGCUCUGUGCAGUUGCCGCGUUUCACAUUGCUGGAGUCGGGUAGUCUUCUGAUCAGCCCUUCUCACCUGUCUGACGCUGGAUCAUACACCUGCAUGGCAAGCAACUCCCGUGGGAUCGACGAGGCGUCGGCUGAUCUGGUGGUGUGGGCUCGAACUCGAAUCACUAAUCCACCUCAUGACCAGAGUGUGAUCAAAGGCACCAAAGCAGCCAUGACCUGUGGUGUGACCCAUGACCCUAGUGUUACAGUCAGGCACGUCUGGGACAAAGGAGGAUCGGUUAUUGACGUAAAGUCAAGUCCCCGUUUGCGUCUAGACUCCAACGGUACACUGCAUAUCUCCCAGACCUGGUCGGGUGACAUAGGGACCUACACCUGUAAGGUCACAUCUGUGGGGGGCAAUGAUUCACGCAGUGCUCAUCUGAGAGUCAGGCAGUUGCCUCAUGCUCCAGAGAACCUCAUUGCCACCCUCAGCAGCUCUGAGAGAAGAACUAUCAACCUGACCUGGGCUCAGGCCUUCGACGGGAACAGCCCACUCAUACGUUAUAUCCUGGAGGUGUCCGAGAACAACGCCCCAUGGAUUGUGCUCCUGGCCAACAUCGAUCCAGAAGCCGCCAGCGUGAUCGUUGGGGGUCUGAUCCCAGCACGCUCUUACCAGUUCCGUCUAUGUGCCGUCAAUGACGUGGGGAAGGGCCAGUUUAGCAGGGAGACCACACGAGUAUCAUUACCCGAAGAGCCUCCCAGCGCCCCUCCUCAGACAGUAAUAGCCAGUGGACGAACCAACCAGUCCAUCAUGAUCCAAUGGCAGCCGCCCCCCGAGAGCCACCAAAAUGGGCCCCUUCAAGGCUACAUCAUCAGGUAUUGUCUGUCUGGAUUACCGGUGGACUGUCAGAUAAAGAAUAUCACCAAUCCGGACCAAACAAAUCUUCUGCUGGAGGACCUCAUCAUUUGGACCAACUACGAGAUCGAGGUGGCCGCUUACAAUGGAGCAGGCCAGGGCGUCUUUAGCCCAAAAGUCACAGAAUGGACCCUGCAGGGUGUGCCCACAGUCCCACCAGGGAACGUUCAAGCAGAGGCUGUCAACUCCACCACAGUCCGUUUUACAUGGAGUGCCCCAAGUCCUCAAUUCAUCAAUGGCAUCAACCAGGGAUACAAGCUGUUGGCAUGGGAACCAGGCCACGAGGAAGAUGUUACCUUGGUUACGGUGAGACCCAAUUUUCAAGACAGCGUUCAUGUAGGUUACAUCAGCGGACUGAAGAAGUUCACAGUGUACUUCACCUGCGUGCUGUGCUUCACCACGCCGGGAGAUGGCCCUCGCAGUGCUCCACAGCGCAUACGCACACAUGAAGACACCCCAGGACCUGUCGGCCAUCUGAGCUUCACAGAAAUUCUGGAUACAUCUCUCAAAGUUAGCUGGAAAGACCCACCUGAAAAGAAUGGCAUACUUACAGGGUAUCGCAUUUCCUGGGAGGAAUUCAACAGAACGAACACGCGGGUCACACACUACCUGCCAAACAUGACGCAGGAAUACCGUGUCACGGGUCUGACCGCCCUUACCACAUACACCAUUCAGGUGGCCGGUAUGACCUCUAAAGGUCAAGGGCAGCUGUCGUCCUCCACAAUUUCCUCCGGUGUGCCACCAGAGAUGCCUGGACCUCCCACCAACAUCGCCAUCUCCAACAUCAGCCCACGCUCUGUCACCCUGCAGUUCAAACCGGGCUAUGAUGGCAAAACAUCCAUCUCACGCUGGCUGGUAGAGGCUCAGAUCGGUGUUAUUGGAGAAAAUGAGGAGUGGGUCAUGGUCCAUCAGUUGGCCAAUGAGCCUGAUGCACGAUCCCUUGAAGUCCAGGGCCUGAACCCCUACACAUAUUACAGGUUCCGAAUGAGGCAGUUGAAUAUAGUGGGCACAAGCCCACCCAGCCAGCCAUCCAGGAAGAUCCAGACCCUACAGGCCCCUCCUGAUAUCGCUCCAGCAAACAUCACUCUCCGCACAGCCAGUGAGACCAGCCUGUGGCUCCGAUGGGUGCCGCUACCAGAGUGGGAAUACAAUGGCAAUCCAGAGCUGGUGGGCUACAGGGUGCAACACUCUCGACUGGGCUCAAAGAGUGGUGUACUGUCCCACAUCAUUCCUGAUAGGCUGGAGAGAGAGUUCACCAUUGAGGACCUGGAAGAAUGGACGGAGUAUGAGGUCAAAGUGCAGGCUUUCAAUGGCAUUGGACCCGGACCAUGGAGCCAACCAGUUCAUGGGAGAACCAGAGAGUCACUCCCCUCCAGUGGCCCUGCAAAUGUCUCCGCUUUUGCCACCACUUCCAGCAGUAUACUGGUCCGUUGGGGCGAUGUGCCAGAAACUGAUCGCAAUGGACUUAUUCUGGGCUAUAAGGUGGUAUACAAAGAGAAGGAUGCAGAUUCAGCCCUGCGAUUCUGGACAGUAGAGGGCAACACCACUUACAGUGUACAGCUCACUGGCCUUGGGAAAUAUGUCCUUUAUGAGAUCCAGGUCCUGGCCUUCACCCGCAUAGGAGAUGGCAUGCAUAGCUCUCCGCCUAUAUUUGAGCGCACACUUGAUGAUGUUCCUGGUCCACCAGUCAGCAUCCUUUUUCCUGAAGUCAGGACGUCCUCUGUGAGACUGAUCUGGCAGCCCCCUGCCCAGCCAAAUGGCAUCAUCCUUGCAUAUCAGAUUGCUCACCGGAGAAACUCCUCCAGUAUUACCUCGGCCACUGUUGAUGUGCUGAACCCCAGUGCGCGGCAGUACACAGCAACUGGACUCAAACCAGAGAGUGUGUAUGUGUUCAGACUCACGGCACAGACUAGAAAGGGCUGGGGAGAGGCGGCCGAGGCAUUGGUGGUCACUACGGAGAAGAGAGCACGGCCGCAGCCCACAAGCCGUCCCAUUGUGCCUCAGGAAGAGGUCCAGGCCCGCAGUGUGCUAUUGUCAUGGGAACCAGGCAGUGACGGUCUGUCACCAAUCCGAUACUACACCGUCCAGUACAGGGAGCUGCCUGACAGUAACUGGACCAUCCACUCAGCGUCAGUGAGUCAUGAGGUCACCACCUAUGUCAUAGACAAGCUCAAGCCAUUCACAUCCUACCAGUUUAGAGUGAAGGCCACUAAUGAUAUUGGGGACAGCGAGUACAGUGAGGAGAGUGAAGCAAUCACCACUCUACAGGACGCGCCCGAUAAAGCUCCCACAAUACUGUCUGUGACACCACACACCACCACAUCUGUGCUGGUCCGUUGGAAGCCGCCCCCUGAGGAGGAGAUCAAUGGCAUUUUGCUUGGUUUUCGAGUUCGCUACAGAGAACUGCAUUACGACCGCCUGCGUAGUUUCACUGUGCGCACAGUCAACAGCCCCUCUACCAACUGGGCCGAGCUCACAGCCCCCUACAGUGUGAGGAACCUGACUGAAUCUUCACUUACACAAUACGAGCUGGAUAAUCUGAAUAAACACAAACGUUACGAGAUCAGACUGAGUGUGUAUAAUGCUGUUGGGGAGGGGCCCACCAGCUCACCCCAGGAAGUGUUUGUGGGAGAGGCGGUGCCCACCGCCCCGCCUCAGAACGUCAUUAUCCAGUCCUCGACAGCCACUCAGCUUGAUGUCACAUGGGACCCUCCCCCAGUGGAGGCCCAGAAUGGAGAUAUUCAAGGCUAUAAGAUUUAUUAUUGGGAGUUUCAGCUACAGAAUGAGACUGAGAGACUCCGCACUCUGUUCCUGCCUGAGCUGAGCGUGAAGUUAAAGAACCUGACGGGCUAUACCACUUACAUGAUCAACGUGGCUGCAUUCAACGCUGCAGGCGACGGCCCGCGCUCUUUGCCCACCAGAGGGCGUACACAGCAAGCAGCUCCCAGUGCUCCCAGUUUCAUCCACUUCAGUGAACUCACCACCACCUCAGUCAACAUGUCCUGGGGUGAGCCCAAGCAGCCCAACGGCAUCGUAGAGGGAUACCGCGCGGUGUACGAGCCCUGCUCGCCUGUGGAUGGUGUCAGUAAGAUUGUCACUGUGGAUGUGAAAGGCAAUGCCCCAUUGUGGAUGAAAAUCAAGGAUCUGGCAGACGGAGUUACCUACAACUUCCGCAUUCGUGCCAAAACUCUUACCUACGGACCAGAGAUUGAGGCCAACAUCACCACUGGCCCUGGAGAAGGUGCUCCUGGGCCUCCAGGGGAGCCAUUUAUCUCCCGUUAUGGCUCUGCCCUCACCCUCCACUGGUCCAGCGGUGACCCUGGCCGUGCCCCCAUCACACGCUAUGUCAUAGAGGCCAGACCAUCUGAUGAAGGACUGUGGGAUAUUCUCAUCAAAGAUAUUCCUAAAGAGGUGACAUCAUACACUCUCAACCUGGAUAUGCUCAGAGAAGGGGUCACCUAUGACUUUCGUGUUAUUGCAGUGAAUGAUUAUGGCUAUGGGUCUCCAAGUGCUCCAUCUCCUUCAAUAUCAGCCCAAAAGGUCUCCCCCUUUUACGAGGAAUGGUGGUUUCUGGUGGUGAUCGCUCUCGUGGGCCUCAUCUUCAUCCUUCUGCUCAUAUUCAUCCUUAUCAUACGUGGCCAGAGUAAAAAAUACACCAAGAAAACCGACACAGAGUCCCACUCGAACUGUACAUCACUGCCCCUCUCACAUGGAGAGAUGGUGCGGCUGGAUGAAGGACGCUUCCCCGCUCUGGAACUCAACAACCGUCGACUUUCUGUCAAAAAUUCCUUCUGCCGCAAGAACGGAAUCUACACCAGAUCUCCACCACGGCCCAGUCCCGGUAGUCUGCACUACUCUGAUGAAGAUGUCAGUAUUAAGUACAAUGACCUGGUCCCAGCUGAGAGCAGCAGCCUGAACGAGAAGCCCACAGAGGUGUCUGACUCUCAGGGCAGUGACAGCGAAUAUGAGUUGGAUCCAAACCGGCAGAAGACCCAUUCCUUUGUCAACCACUACAUCAGUGACCCCACCUACUAUAAUUCCUGGCGGCGGCAACAGAAGGGCGUCUCUCGCCCUCCAGCGUACGGCUACGCCCAGCCCGACACAGUGGCAGAACAGGAGUCCCGACCCCACCCUCCUCCGCUGCCACCGUUACCACCUCUGCAACCCCACAGCAAUCCCUCCCCGCAGCCCCAGGGUCAGGCCACCUUGUUCAGGCCCAAAGGUAGCCGGACUCCCACCCCAUCACUGCUGUCCUCUGUCAACCACAGCCAGCACACCCUGUACAGGCCCCCGAGCAGCCUGGGCGCCUCCACCCAGGUCCCAGCCACAGGAUUCUCCUCAUUCGUUUGAUACGAGACUCCCAUUCCACUGACAACACAUUUGGGUGGGACUCCAGCAUUGUUGUUGGUCUGAUCUUUUAUUUUUGACUGUAUUUUCUUCUUUAUUUAAAGAGGAAUUGCACCUUGUUGGAUAUCCUGUGCUGUAUUUGGAUUUUAUUUGGCCCCUUAAGUGGGUGUGCAGGUGUACUUUUGGUGUGUAUAUGUGUGCAAGAGCAUUGAAACAGACAAUCAUACUGAGGGAAUAAUUUGUUGCUUGAAAUGGUUCACUUAUUCACUUUGCCGAGAUUAGUGGAUAUACAGAAAAUUUGUUGAAAAAUAUUUUUCAAAACUGAAAAUGUGAUUGCAAUGUGACAAAUACACUAUAUAUAGUGGGGACCAAAAGUCUGAGACCUCACUGAAAAUCUGGGAAAAAAGUUACAAUGAAUAAAUUGAAGAAAUAUGAGAUUCUGCACUAUUUUAGGUCACUACGCAAAUUUGUGACAUUGACCAUAUUAACUUAUUUGUACAAAAGGUCAGAUUUCUACACAAGAUGCUCUUUGGAACAUUCUCUAAUCAUGCUGGAUUAACACGAAUCAACGGGUUUUGCACAAAGUUGAGUGCAUGCUGUCAUUAACGGUUGCCAAAUACUUUGAAAUUCUGAACUUCAUGCACAUUUUUCAAUUCACCUUUUCACUCAUUGUUAUGAUGAUAAUAUUUUGUUAUAAAAAAUAUGAACAUUGAAAAUAUUAAAAGAAUGCAAAAUAGAAACAUUUUCACUGUGACCUCAGACUUUGGACUGCACUGCUGAUGUUUAAAAUUGAUGAAAGAGUAAGAACAAAUUGCUUUUGACAUUGCAUUGAAUGCUACAAAUUUCCAAAGCUAUCGUCAUUUCUCAGAGGACUGUCAAACUCUAUUUGUGUGAAAUUGCUCUGAUGUAUUCUGACACUCAAAUUAACAUAAUUGACAGAUUAUUUUCAAAAUGUAUAGCAAUGGCAAUCUCUUGAAACUGAGGGAAAUAUUUCUGAUCCUUAGACAACAAAACUUUAACACUGAGGAGGAGGGAAUAUAGAAGAAUUGAAUUUCUCUCAGAUUCAGUACAUGGCCAGUUCCACGUUUAUGUAUUUUUUGCUUAUUAUUUGUGUCAAAUCAACCAUGUAAGCAAAAGAGACAUUAUAAAGAAAGAAGCUGCAGGCACUAAUAUUGUUUCUUGUCCCUUGUUUUUGUCAUGUCAUAAUGGUAAGAGAACAAAGGGCAUGUUUGUUUGCAGUUUUAGGAGCUAGCCUGUGCUAUUCUGCCAGUGGGUUUUCUUGGAAAGAUCUGGGUUAUUGCCAAACACUGACAUCAUGUGAAUUAUCCCUGCAUUCACAUUCAUCUCAAUGGCAGUUGCUUGACUGGCGUAUGCUGCCCUGGAUGUACAUUCUUAUCAAAUUUAUAACCCAACAAUUAUAACAUUAUUACUCGAGCAGCCAUUUCAUGAGCUACCACUCAGAAUGUUUGUGCACAUAUGAGAAAAUGUAUAAGGCUGAGUAAAAAUGACUGUGUGGGUCAAUAUCUUCCAAAGCUACUGCACAUUAGAAGGUCAACACAUACAAAAUGAGCUACAUGGACUUGCAGUUCACACUAGGAGAGCAGGUGAUAUUACAAUGUGUCCAAUGAUUUGUACAGACAAGUCACAAACGUCCCCGAUUCUGUCAUGUUUGGGGUUCCAUUCAUUUCCCAAAAAGAUUGAUAAAAAAGUCUACUAUUUCAAAAGUCAUUGUAUGUAUUUCUCUGAAUAUAUAGUAGAAUGUGUUUUUACAGUGUAUACAUCCAGUAUGCUUAUGUGUAUGUCAGCAAAUACGCUUAAUUUAUUUAUAAUCAAUUGGUUUUAUACUCUAACUUAAGAAGAGCAACAGCAGUCUUAUGUGGAAACUAUUUUAAAGGACUUUAAAGGACAGUAUGAUGAACAUGAUUUACAAUAUCUCUGUCUUGUUCUCUGUGAGGUGACUAUCACUGUACAAAACUUGAUGAAUUAUAUUGGACCAAGGCAUGGUUCAUAUCGAAAAUAAAUUACUCUAUUUUUCA